AUGGACAAAUUUUUUGCAGCUGUAUCAUUAUUUCGUCGUCGAAAAUAUGAUGAGUGCAUCGAGGUGUGCAACGAGCUGCUGCAAAAUAAUGCCCUUCAUCAAGGUCCUUGGGAGCUGAAGAUGCGAUCUAUGACCCAGCGAGUGUACAUCGACGAUAUCGAAGCGGACGACGAUGUGCCGGAGGACAUACUGGAUACUCAAACCAUAGCGACUGCCCCAAGACCGGGUACCUCAAUCCGUACAGCCGUUAUAGAGAACCUAUCGUCGACAGCCACAGCGAAGACAGCUGGAGCUCGACCUCGCACCGGCACUGGUAGACCAAUCACCGGCAUUUCUCGUCCGGGAACACUUUCGCUGCAACGUCCCGGAUCCACUCUGGGGAACAAAACUGCCAUGAAAACAGCAAGAACUGCAGGAUCUGCUAGGAACAUCCGACUAGGAUCGGCAUCGAUGUUUUCUGUGGGCGAUCCCACUGGGCCACUAUUUCACAUUUCUCGCUUACAUCCGGACAAAUACGCAGAAAAGGAACACCUGUCGAAGCCCUUGUUUCAAUACCUUUACUAUCACGAAGGUGAUAUUCGAAAAGCUAUGGGACUUUGCGAUGCAGUCCUAAAAAUAAAACAAUCCGCGGCAGGUUGGUGGUGGAACACCCAAAAGGCUCGUUGUCUUAUAACUACUGGCAGUCCCAGAGAAGCAGAGCAUUAUCUCAACACUGCACUCGCCGAAAUCUACCACCAAGAUACGGUACUUCUUUUGGCCAGAAUAUAUAUCAAAAUGGAUCAACCAACAGCGGCACUAGAGGUCUGCAAAAACGGCCUCGAAAAAUUGCCCAACGAUAUUACUAUCCUCACACAACAGGCCCGAAUUUUGGAACUAGUCGGUAACCUUGCAGCGUCGGUACGUCGUUAUCGCCAAAUCUCCCAACUGGAUUCGAUGAACACCGAAGCUUUGGCCUGCAUUGCCGUCAGUUAUUUCUACGGAAAUCAACCGGAAACUGCUUUGCUUUACUAUCGAAGGAUUCUAUCGAUGGGUGCGCACAGUGCUGAACUGUACUGCAACAUUGGACUUUGCUGUUUGUACGGAGGUCAGCUGGAUCUGGUAUUUCCUUGCUUUCAACGAGCCAUCCGGAUGGCAACCAGUUCCGAUUUGAAAGCCGACAUAUGGUAUAAUCUCAGCUUUGUAGCAUUGACAACUGGAGAUGCCCAUCUAGCCCGGCGCUGCCUACGUCUAUGCAUUGCCACCAAUGGAAGCCACGGACCCGCGCUGAACAACAUGGCCGUAAUGGUUGCCCGACAGAAGCAAUACCCAAAAGCUAAAUCCUAUCUGCUGUCCGCAAAAGUUGCUCUACCGAACAGUGAGGAGAUAACAAAUAAUCUAGAGUUCAUAGAAAACUUCGAGUAA